CCAGCGGAAAAUAGAACUCGCCGUUACUAUGAGCAGUAGAAAAGCGCUGCCGAUGGGCAAACAGUCGGAGCUGAACGAUCUCGUAGACCAGCUCGUGCCGCUCGGAUUCAAAGAUGCAAACACGCUCACGGAGCAGCUGGCGCAGCACCGAGAAAUGUACGCCGCGCUGGAACGCAUUCGACGGCUCGAGUCGGAACUGAAGCUACGCACGACCAACGGACGACCCCGGGCGGAUAAUGUCGAUCGAUUCGUCCAGUGGGCCACGGCUAACGGGUGUUUCUGUGGCAAGAUACGCAUCGUGGACCAUCCGAUCUACGGUGGCCUCGGGCUGGAAUCGACGGGGCCGAUUGGUGCCGGAGAAAGUGUGAUCGAAGUUCCGCGGACACUCUUUUUCUACGUCAACAACGAGCAACCCUACCAGCAGGUACUCGAGCUGAUGCCCGGUGCGAUGAUGAAGGAACAGGGCAACAUUAUACUGGCCCUCGCGCUCAUCAUGGAAAGGUUUCGGAAGGACAGCUUCUGGAAGCCGUACCUGGACAUGCUACCGGAACGGUACACUACGCCGCUCUACUACACGCCGGAGGAUAUGAUUGAACUGCGCGAAACGGCAGCCCUCGAGUCGGCGCUGAAGCUGUGCAAAAACAUUGCCCGGCAGUACGGGUUCAUCAAAAAGUUUGUACAGGACAAGGUGGACGCCCUGAAAUUCAACUUUACGUACGAUAUCUUUCGCUGGGCCGUUUCGACCGUCAUGACCCGCCAGAACAAGGUGCCCGUCAACCUGUCGACGUUCGACGAGCUGGACUUUACGCUCGCCCUGAUUCCGCUGUGGGACAUGGCAAACCACGUUACGCCGGACGCUGCCGACAAACGGGCCGCCCUGGUAACUGACACGGCGUACUGCUCCAAGCUGGAGAAGCUGGAAAGCAUCCUGCAAGCGGACUGCCCCAAGUCCGGUGAGCCGAUUUUCAUCAACUACGGCAAGCGAACCGAUGCGGAGUUUCUCGUGCACAAUGGGUUUUCGUUUGCAAAAAAUCCCAACACCCGGAUCGUCAAACUGUUUGCGCUCAACCGGGCCGACACGCUGUACCGCAAGCGUGCCCAACUGCUGGAGCUGCUCGGGGUGCCGACGGUGGGCAAGAUGGAGUUCGGUGCCGGGGAACUAUCACCCCAGCUGUACGCACUGUCCCGGGUGAGCGUCUUGGGCGAGGAUGAGCUCGACUAUUACAUUGACUCAGCCGAACCGGCCAGGCGGGAAGAAUUGUGCUGUCCGCGCUUCGAGCCACCGGCCGGAUGUCCUAUCGAGUCCGCCGAAGACCUCACCCGGCGACAGGGCCAGUGGUUGGCGAGUGCAAUGGAAACCAUUCUACGCCGCUACCCGACAACGAUCGCGCAGGACGAGGCGCUACUGCAGGAAAACAGUCACCACCGGAUACAUCAUCUGCGCCGGUUGCUGAUUGAAUUUCGGCUCCACGAGAAGCGACUGCUUAAUGCCUUCAUCGACGGCUGAAACGGUGGGGCCCAACAGUGAUAGCUACCACCGAUAACACCAAAUAGUAGCGGCGCUCCAAAUGCACUCGGACGGCCACACAGAGUUGAGGUGACGCUUUGAGUGAGAUUUUGUGAAGUGAAAUCCCAAAUUCCAAAAACUUUUUUUUGCUACUGCUACUGCUGUUGCUGGUUGACGAACUUUAAAGACUUUGCUGUCUCGAGAUGGCAUCAUUUUUUUCCAUUUGCCCAAGUCAGGAAGGAUUAGUGAGGCGCGCUCAGUUGAUCUCUUCGGUCGUGACUCUAUCCACUAGCACCGCAUUAUUAGCACUUUCCACAGCCCUCGAUACUAAGUACUGUAGUUUGUUACGCACACUAAACACUGCUUUUGCGUUCCCCUUUCUACUAAUCUACUAAUUCCGGGCUGACUGUACGUGCUCAAUCCGCGCCAGUCCGACACACGAGUUGUAUCACGAAACCAAAUAAGAAAACGGAAAAAACCCGCGUUUCUUUCA